CGCUUAGGAACAGCCUUGACAGCAAAUGUGCGUCAUUUUGACGUAUUUGCUAACUGAUUUCUUUUUUCCAUGAACACUACAUUUGAAGAAUAUCCCUCGUUUGUGUGAGAAAAGUGACACAGAAAGUAGUUGGAAAGCAUUUUGUGAUUUUUUUUAGUUUUUGGUGGAUGGGCUUGCUUCAGACAUGGAAGCAAGAAUUUAACUGUGUGUAGUCCCUACCCAUUUUCAUCGGAGCGAUGCCGUUCCAGAAGCGGCUGGUGGAGCCGACGGACGUGUGCCGCGGCGCGCUGCCGGCCGACACCACGCUGCCCAGUGAGCUCGAGGCCGUCACCAAUGGCACGCUCUCGAACGUGGUGCGCCAGCUGUCGUCGCUGUCGCGCCACGCCGAGGACAUGUUCGGCGAGCUGUUCCGCGAGGCCGAGCGGCUGGCACACCGCUCCAACGGCCUGCAGCUGCGCAUUGACAGUCUGGCCGACCGCGUCACGCGGCUCGAUAGUACCGUGGAGGAAGUGUCCCUACAGGAGAUCCACAUGCGCAAGGCGUUCCGGUCGCAGGUGGUCAAGGACCAGGCGGUGUUCAGUCGCGAGAGUAUGCCGGCCGCCAUGCGCGAGACAUACCUGAGCUGCGACCGGCCGCCACCGCUGGACCAGCUCAACUGCUUCAGAGAGGAUGGAAAGGAUGGGCUCAAGUUUUACACAGAUCCAAACUAUUUUUUCGAGCUAUGGAGACAAGACAUGUUGAAGGAAAAUGACCGUCUCAUCAACGAAAAGGGCAAGAAGCCGCACCGUCCGCGCCACGACGCGUCCUCGGGCGGCGGAGGCGGCGGCAGCGGCGGCGGCCGACACAAGAAGCGGGUCCGUCAGGCCCAGAACACGCGCGAGCGACACCGUCAGAUGGCGGAGGAGCACGGCGAAUACAUCAGUCCGCAGCCGGGCGCCGGCCGACCCAACGGCCGCACAUCGCAUCCGACGUCACCCACACAGCCGAUUCCGUACGAGAUGGACUCGCCGUCGGCACACGACUCGCCGCGGCCCAUCAGUAUCGAGAUGCGCCGGCGGCCGUCCAACACGCCUCUCAGUCCGGACAGCGCCGGCUCGCCGGCCGGCCGCGCCGUCAGCCGGGCCGUCUCCAGCCGGCCGUCACAGCCGCCGCCGGCGCCGCCCAGCAACGAGAGCACGCCCAGCCGCGGCCGGCUGCCCAGCGGCCGCGACUCGCUGCCGCCGCCGCCGCCGCCACCGCCGCCCCCAGAGAACGGCGUCGGCGGCUACACGGGCUACGAGCUGCGGCCCGGCUCGCCGGAGCCGCCGCCGCCGCCGUCUCCGCACGACCUGUCGGCCGAGUACCUGCCGCCGCCGCCGGCGGUCCCCGGGCCUGAGGAGCUGCCUCCGCCGCCCCCGCCGCAGCCGCCGCCAUCGGCGCACCCGGGCCAGAUGGCACCGCCGCAGGCUCCGCCGCCGCCGCCGCCGCCCCCGCCGCCGCCGCCACCACCGCCUCCGCCACCGCCGCCACCGCCGGGCGGCAUCGGCGCGCUGGUGAACGGACUGACCAAGACCACCAUCACAACUGCUGACGAGAAUAUCACUAACGGUGGCAUGAAGGCUGGCACGCCGCCGUCGCAGGUGACGGCUCCACGCACCAACCUGCUGCCCAUGCCGCAGGACGACGCGCGCAGCGAUCUGCUCAAGGCCAUCCGAGACGGUAUCAAGCUGCGCAAAGUGGAGGACGUGGAGGAACAGCGGCGCGCGCAGGCGCAGCCGCUGCACGACGUGGCCUCGAUCCUGGCGCGCCGCGUCGCCAUCGAGGUGGACUCCGACUCGGACUCCGAGUCCGAGUCCGACUCGGACUGGGACGACGAGACGAGCGCUUAGCUGCCGCCGCCGGGCGGAGCGCCGCUCAGAGCACAGUCGCGGGGCGCCGGCGCCGCGGAGACUCCCGGGCCGGCGCCGGCGCCCCGCUCGCCACCGGCGCGGGCGGACGAGAGAUUAGGCGCCCCACGGUCCCCGACGAUUUAGCCCCACACUCUGUAAAAAUGCUUAUUUCUGGCGGUCGGGGAGCUGGGCGCCCGAUUUGUUUGGAGCUGCCCUAGGUUAGCGGCCGCGCCGGUGAAUUCAGUCGAUCUGUUCAGCCGAAACGUAGCACUAAGGGGAGCCGGUGACGAUGCAUGUGACGCUGCUCGCUUGCUUUAUGGCGUCGCAUGGACGGUCUGGGCACCGGUCGCCGCUCUGUGGAUAAAGGUUGUGCUAGUCACCGGUAUUUUAUGGACGGCGUACCCCAUAGGUGUAAGCUUAUUGUAUAUUCGGUGUACGAGCCGGCGCUGCGCGUAGGGGGUAAGCAGGGAGCUAAUUUUCGCGACUUUUAACGAGAUGCUGAGCUGGCUGCCGCCGGUCGUUUUUCGUUGCGGUGUUGAGAGACUCAGCAAUAUCGCUCUUCCCUGUCGGCUGAUCCCACAUCCAACGCCAAUAUAUGUGGGGCCAUAAUGUAUCAUAUGAUUACUUUAAUCAUGCCUGUACCUAUAAUUAUAAUCCAGCGCCAAUUGGUUACGGCAUGAUGCUAGAUUCCAACAAUAAACUAUUAUUUUUCCCCAA